AUGGACGACGUUUUGACCGGGGCUGAUGAUGAGGAAACAGCAUUGAAUUUAAGAAUGCAGUUAGAGGAAAUGCUGCAGAAAGGUGGAUUCCGAUUGAGGAAAUGGGCGUCAAAUUGUCCCUCAGCCUUGCAAGCCAUGUCAGAGGACAAUCUAGCACUGAUAAAAACUGAAGGAUACCAAAUAGAUCCCGAUCCAGCAGUGAGAACAUUAGGGCUCAUCUGGCAUCCAAACACGGACGUUUUGAAAUUUCGGUUCAAGAUACCCGAUCUAAUUGAAGGCGAAACAUUGACUAAACGAAAGGUCCUAUCGAUCCACUUUUUGAUCCGCUUGGCAUGA